AGCACUCGUUUAUGACUGUCAUCUUGAAGUCACUCAAUUCAUAACUGGAAUGCCACAAAAACAACUCCCUGUUAGCCCAGAGGGAAAAAAAAAAAAGAAAGAAAGUAAAGGGGAAAUUCAGAUUAGUCACAUAGAAGUUCCCCCGCCUGCAAAAUCUGCAGAGUUAAAACUGAGAGAGUCUGCCCUGCUCCUUCAAUUGCCUUUUGCCUCAGGUUCUGGAACCUUAGUCUGUAUCUUCUGACCUACAAGCUUGGCUUUGGCCUUUUCUCCUCCUUUGUGGUAAAGACCAGCCUUCCCCAGGUUCCCCUUUGCCACAGCUGUAUCGUCUCCAUACCGAGACCGAGAAGAUGGAAGGGCAAGGGGUUCAACCCCUGCACGAGAAUCUGGAAAACGGAUCGAGGCCAAGACUGAAGUGGAAGGAGCAGGUCUGGCUGGUGGUCUCUGGAGUUCAGGGAGUGGGGCUGCUCCUGUGCCUCAUCUACGUCUGCCUGCACCUCCACCCUUCUCCGGUGCAGUACCCUUCAGUCCAGAGUCUCAGAGCCCAAGUUACCAGAUGUGAGGAAGGAAGACUAUUCAUCAAGUUACCCAGGAAUGAGUAUCAGACCAUGGAGGUGAAGAACAACUCAAUCACCAUCGGCUGUGAUGGACUUUAUCUCAUCUACAUGAAGGGCUCCUUUUUCCAAGAGGCCAAGAUCAACCUCCAUUUCCGGAAGGGUCAAAGUCCCAUCUCUAUCCCAAUGCUGAACAACGGCCAAAGGGUUGACUUCACUGUGGUGGCCUCUUUGGCUUUCAAAGAUAUCGUUUACUUGACUGUAAAUGCUCCUGAUAUUUCCUGUGAAGACCUCCAGAUAAAUGAUGGGGAACUAAUUGUCGUCCAGCUAACUCCUGGUGGAUACUGUGCCCACUGAAGAUCUCAUGGCAGCACUGUGGACCAAGUGCCACUGUGAAUUCCACUCCGAGAGUGGACGGGACACAGGUUCUUUCUUGGGAGAGCCGAGUCCAUCCUGCUCAACUCUAUGAGGUGUGACCAAAUGUGUGACCUACCCAACUUCCUCACUCAGGGAUAUUUAAAUAGUGUCUUACAUGCUCCCACAAUUCCCUCAAGCCUGCUAAGAGUGCUUCUGGAAAUUAAAAAAAAAAAAAAAAGUAUUUUCAAGGCACAUUGUCUCUGUUGGUCAGAAGAUCACUGUAAUAAACUUGUGUCACUGAAAAUGGCACGUGACUACAAUUUUUCUAGAAUUUUGACAUUGUCAAAAGAAAGAACAAGGAAUGGAGCUAUGAAUCUGAAAAGGAUCAUGUCCACCAACUGGUAGGAGCUGAAGUACUCUCUCCAAAGUCAAGGCGGUUGAUGUUCACAUGCUCCCUUAAGCCCUCUUUCAUUUCACAGGAGCUCAGAAAGGAGAUCACCCUAUGGAAACCAGGACUGGAAGACAACUGUUUAGGCAACACGGUGCACCCUGAGCUUCACCU